AAAGUCACAUGAUUUCAGCAGUUUAGCCGUUUGAUAGGAGAUCCGAGUCACUGAUUCGAUUCGCAAAGCUCCGAAGCAGUGUUUUGAAAUCGCCCAUCACUAUAUUGUUGAAAAGUCGUUAUUUUGUUUUUUUGGCGCACAAAAAGUAUUCUCGUCGCUUUAUAAUAUUAAGGUAGAACUACUGAACUCGCAUGAACUGUUUUAAAUAUGUUUUUAGUACCUUUAUGGAUCUUGAGAGAGGAAAUGUCAUUGCUUUGAAUGCAGGCCUCACUGAGCCAUCGGAUUUAAUCAAAAAUAUCUUUGUGUUCCGAAGAUGAAUGAAGGCCUUACUGGUGUAGAACGACAUGAGGGUUCCCCUCCUGAGAUGCUGAGUGGUACAUUCCUAUCUACUACUCACUGCUGCUCUGCCUCUCGAUCCAUCAGACAGCCGAGCGCUCGCUGCACUCUGCACUGCUCUACAGCAUCACUGGCUAUACAUAGGUGUGCAAGUGUGUGUGUCUAACCCUCCAGUGCUGCUCGUCUAGACGUUCAGGAUGUGUGGCGGGUGGCCUGUGCUGUAAACAAACAACAACACCCCCUGCCCACUCCGGCUCUCCCACUGCAAGACUCCUGGUCAGACUCAGCACCGGCUCUGGGAUGGCUUCCCCAGGAUCCUCCGGUGGCAGCAAGAGGAAUUCCUCGGAGCUGGAGCAUGCUCAGAGAGUACCGGAGGCGGAGCCUGUCCAGCCACAGGUAAAACUGAAGGACAGGCAAAAAUUCUUUGAAGAGGCUUUUCAGCAGGACAUGGAACACUACCUGUCCACAGGAUACCUACAGAUUGCAGAGAGAAGAGAGACAAUAGGAAGCAUGUCAUCAAUGGAGGUGAACGUGGACAUGCUGGAGCAAAUGGAUCUGAUGGAUAUGUCUGACCACGAGGCGUUGGAUGUCUUUCUCAACUCUGGUGGUGAGGACAACAGCGUGGCCUCACCGAUGCUGGGUCCAGAUGUGGAGUCGUUCACCUCUGAGAUCACUCUUCAGGUGCCCACACAGGCGGACCUGAGACACAAGCUGGCAUCGCUGUCCUCCACCUGCACGGACUCAGCCAGCCAAGACACGGAGGCAGGGGAAGAGGAGGAGUACAACGAUGAUGAUGAAGAUGAUGAGAGGGGACAAGCAGCCAACCGGGGCUCUCUGCUUGUCCAGCCAGAUCAGGAAGAGGUUGAGGAGGAUGCCAGGUUGAAAAGAGAACAAAACCAGCCAAUCAAGAACUGUGAGAGCAGCAGCUCAUCCUGAAAACACAGAGGAUGAAUGACAGACUGUAAGCGGAAGUGAUGUAAUUAGCGGUGUGCUAUGCAUUUGCGUCAAAAGGAAGAAUAUGCAUUUGUGUUUUAUGAAACCCUUUUGGUUUUUGUAAAGAAAUUCUUUGUCAUGUGCUGUGCAGUAUAAACCCGAUCCUGUGCCUGCCCUCACAAAUCAAUAAAUACCUUUUAUUCUGUUGGACGUUCA